AGGCUGUGUUUGUUAUUUCAGAUGGGGUGGGGAAACAUUUACAUAAGACGCAUCAAAGUCUACAAGCUGGCUUUCAAAGUUUUCCUGGACUACAAGGUUGUACAGAUAAAAGCGAAAUGGAUUGAAAAAUCUAAAAGAGAUGGUUUAUGGGAGAAAGCUCAUAACCGAAAUGGUAAGCGUAUUGUGAAUUUGAUAACAGAGUUGAAUGGUUUAUGGGUGAAACUUGGACAGUACUUAUCGGGGCGUGCCGAUGUGCUUCCGGUAGAGUAUAUAACUCUUCUCAAACAAUUACAAGACUCGCUUCCUCCUCGUCCUUUACAAGAGGUUUGUCAGACCAUAGAGAAAGAGUUGGGUGAAUCUAUGGAUGAUCUCUUCAUGGAUUUUGUCCAAAAACCUUUAGCCACAGCAUCAAUUGCACAAGUCCACCGUGCCAAGCUGAGUGACGGGCAGGAUGUGGUUGUCAAAGUUCAACAUCUGGGCAUCAAGAAAAUUAUCUUGGAGGACUUAAAGGAUGCAAAAUCGAUUAUUGACUGGAUAGCUAGGGUAGAACCGUUAUAUGAUUUCAAUCCAGUUUUAGACGAAUGGUGCCGAGAAGCUCCAAAAGAACUUGACUUCAAUCUUGAAGCUGGUAUGAUAAGUUUUUACUUCAUCAUAUUUUUGGAGCAAAUAUUAGUUGUCUUCUGUUCCUAUUACAAGAUUUUUAGUAACCCUAAAAUCCAUGAUGCAUUCUUGGGUGUGGGUGAUUAUGAGAAUUUGACCUUUCCGAAUGGGCCAUUUGGACUGGGGUUUAAGAGGAAUAAAGCUGCAGAUGGAUCGAUUAUUGGUUAUGGGCACUCGGGCAUCGGUGGAUCAACAGGUUUCUGUGACAUAAAAAACAGGUUUGCUAUCUCGGUGUCCUUGAACAAAAUGUCAUAUGGUGCUACAACUGCAAAAAUCGUUGACUUUCAUGCAUCUGGGAAGAAAUUUCAGGAGAUACUUGAAGAAGCAUUCAUUCGACCGCUAAAUAUUGAAGGCGAGCUAUAUGUUGGAAUUCCACCAGGUGUGGAAUCUCGACUUGCAACUCUUACAAUAGAUGAAUAUGAUCUCAAAAAGUACGCAGACAAAUCUUAUCAUUCUGACCUACCCCCUGAGUUCCAGCUCGACAAAGUUGCAGAGCUCAUCACCACCUUGCCAGUUUUCUUUAACAUGCUGAAAAUUCGUCGUGCCAUCUUACCUGCUACUAAUGGACAUUGCUCAGCCCGUGCGGUUGCACGCUACUAUGCAGCCCUAGCUGAUGGGGGAGUAAUCCCACCCCCACAUUCCUCUCUGUCCAAGCCAACGCUUGGCAGUCACACCCACAUCCCCAAAUUUCCUUCACAGAAGUCACAAAAGCCAAAAGGUAAGAAAAGCAAGGAGGUACCUGCUGCUUCAAAGGAAAACACAAACAACCAAGGUAAAGAUGCUAGUGUUGAUGAUUACACUCGACUCAGAAAUCAUGGUAGCAAGAUUUUUAGUAACCCUAAAAUCCAUGAUGCAUUCUUGGGUGUGGGUGAUUAUGAGAAUUUGACCUUUCCGAAUGGGCCAUUUGGACUGGGAUUUAAGAGGUAUAAAGCUGCAGAUGGAUCAAUUAUUGGUUAUGGGCACUCAGGCAUCGGUGGAUCAACAGGUUUCUGUGACAUAAAAAACAGGUUUGCUAUCUCGGUGUCCUUGAACAAAAUGUCAUAUGGUGCUACAACUGCAAAAAUCAUUGACUUAGUUUGUUCAGAGCUAAAUAUCCCACUGCCGGUUGAGUUUUUAUUUGUUAAGGACUUUGAGAAGCCUCUCUUUAGCUGAAAAUGAGUAUCUCAUAUCCCAUUUGUAUAAAUUAUAUCCAAGUCAAAUAUUGGUUCCAUAGAGGAUGAAUUACCGAACAUUUCAUAAAGGAAUUAUAUUGAACUUGAGAAGGCACAGUGAGCUGUUUCUUUGCCAUCUUUGUUUUGUUUUUAGGGGGCGAGGAUUCAGAAUUUGAUCAUCUAGUGAUGAUCU